UUGACUCACCUCACCUCACCUCACCGAACUCCUCACUGCUACAGCCUUCUAGGGUAAGCGAAGAACCCCUCCCAAUCAGGCACCACCUGCACCGAGCAAACGCGAACAUCCACCAGAUCCCGACUCUCCGCCGACCACAUCUCCUUCUCCUGUCUUAUCUGUGAGACACAGCACCUAGCUUUGCCGCACUGCAACAUACCAUGGAGCGUCCUUCGCCCAUCACCGGCGACAGCGACAUCAUUCACUCAACUUCAUCAUCCCGUGACCCGCUGACCGACCAUCUACCGCAGCCUGCCCAUGCUGUUCCCAGUCCAUCACUCUCGACCAGUCAGAUUGACCUCAGCUUUCCCAUCUUGGACAACGACGGCUCCAUCUCCGACCUCACAGACGUCUCUUCCAAUCCGUCUCACCACUACCCAGCGUCUCAGCACCACCCAGCCUCUCCCACACCACCUGCCGCUCUUAGUUCUCUCGGAGCUAGAGCUAGGAUGGACAAUCUAAGUGAAUCCGGAGCGUCGUUCGCCGACUCCCAAUAUGACAUGCUCGACGACAUGUCCGAGAUCUCCACGGACGAUCACGACACGGCCAGCAUUGCCUCCUACGAUGAUCAGACCGGGCAGCUCACUCCAGAGCAGACCGCUAGCGACUUUGAAGGCGAAGAGGACAAGAUCGAGGACAUAACACUGUCUCCAAAUGUUGCUGUCAAGAGCAAGAGUCGCGAUACCUCACAUCACCUGCGGCAGACGCAGGCGGAGAACGAUCUGAUCGACAGCUACAUGUCGGACGAUCUCGAGACGCCGCGCCAGUCGACCGUGGGACACAUGGCACCGAAAAAGGCGGCGAAGCACAUUCCGUUCUUUUCGGACUUAUCCACACCACAAGCAAUCAGAGACUCCAUCUGCGCAAAGAUUGCUUCCUGCAUCGAGCCCUCCAAGUUCGACAAUUCGGCGACGUCUGACGUGGUUCAAUUUCCGGCGAAGAACUCGGCCAAGCUCGACGGAUACACCCUACUCACGCGGCUGACAUGUAUCCUGAUCACACUUGUUGCAUUCUCUCAAUUCAUUGCUCCAAUGAUGGCGGACCCCAGCCAACAGCUUGUCGUCCGCCGCGAAGCGCUUGCAACAGUCCUUGAGCAGGUCACGGCUUCUACCAACGCCACAAAGGACUACAACAUCGAGCAUCUCUUGCCGCUGCCGUCAGCAAAUUGCACCACCAAUCUUUUCACCGAGCUGCUUCCGAUGGGUCCACCCUGCAAGCCAUCAUCUCGAUUCCAGGUCGACUCUGCCCACAGCUUCAUCAUCUCCAUGCAGCCGGUUCCCAGUGCUUUGCAGACGACAUUGACCCACGUUUCUCGGAGUGAUGGACGUGAGCUAGCUUUCAACCAGACCAAGCUCAUCAACGGCGUUUAUCACGUCACAUUCGACGAAGACGAAGCGCAUGGUAUCAUCACAGUCAACAUGGUGACCAGGCAUCCGCGCAACAACUUCACUGCCGUCCACAACUUCGGCAACCCAAUGCUGCACUUGAAGACCUACGAAAAGGCCACGACCGAUGUGAGCAAAGUCGUCACUAAAGAGGUGGCAGUUAUCAAACACGCAGCGAGCACAUUCUCAGGCAAGCUGCAGUCCGAACUUGGAGCAACCGUGCAAACCAUCACCAAGGAGCUUGCGACAAUGCGGAACGACCUCAUUCGAAUGCCUCAAGAUGUCAAGGCAAAGGUGAAGAACACUACUAGAUAUCUCAUGCGAUGCACGGGAGCUCGAAUUGCCCUCGCUCGGGACAAUCUAGGACUGAUCAAAGCCGGUCUCCGCCGGCACUACGGAAAGAAGACUUUGCCUGCCCCGAAGCCCAAGACUUCCAUGCUCACCGACCUCUCGACUACCGUCAAAGGCGCCGGUGAUCAACUUCGGCGCGACUUCGAUCGCAGCAAGAAAUUUUUGGCUACCACCGAGGACGCUGCUUCAAAGGCUCUGCGGCAAGCAAAGCUUGAGGUAGCCAAGGCCAUGAAGCAACACAACAAAGCAGUCGAAUCGUUCAAGCAGUACAUGAAGAAGACGAAGACCGAUGGCCAGACCCAUGAGCGCAAGGAUUUGAAGAAGGUGAUGAAGGAGACCGAACGUGCGCUGAAGAAGGCUCAGCUGGAGCAGCGAAGACUUGAUGCGCGGCUUUGA